AUGUGCAGCCCGUGGCUACUCCUGCUGUGGGCGCUGCUCCCCGGCGCGGCCGCGGAGGGCUCGGGCCGGACCUUCCCGCACCGCACGCCCCUGGACUCGGAGGGCAAGUACUGGCUGAGCUGGGGCCCGCGGGACGCCCGGCUCGCCUUCCGCCUCGAGGUGCGCACGGCCGGCUACGUGGGCUUCGGCUUCUCGCCCACCGGGGCCAUGGCCGCGGCAGACAUCGUGGUGGGCGGGGUGGCCCAGGGCCGACCCUACCUCCAGGAUUAUUUUACAAAUGAAAAUAGAGAAUUGAAAAAAGAUGCACAACAAGAUUACCAUCUAGACUAUGCCAUGGAAAAUAGCACACACACAGUCAUCGAAUUUACCAGAGAACUGCAUACAUGUGACGUCAAUGACAGGACAAUAACGGAGAGCACCGUGAAAGUGAUCUGGGCCUACCACCAUGAAGACGUGGGAGAAGACGGUCCCAAGUACCACAACUCCAAUCGUGGCACCAAGAGCCUGCGGCUGCUGAAUCCUGAGAAAGCCAAUGUGUUGCCUACAGCCGUACCGUACUUUGAGCUGGUAAAUCAGAACGUCCCUGUCCCAAACAAAGGUACAACAUAUUGGUGCCAAAUGUUUAAGAUUCCUGUGUUUCAGGAAAAGCAUCAUGUAAUAAAGGUUGAGCCCGUGAUACAGAGAGGCCAUGAGAGUCUGGUCCAUCACAUCCUGCUCUAUCAGUGCAACAGCAACUUGAACGACAGUGUGCUGGACUACGGCCAUGAGUGCUACCACCCUAACAUGCCCGAUGCCUUCCACACCUGCGAAACCGUGAUUUUUGCCUGGGCCAUUGGUGGAGAGGCUUUUUCCUAUCCACCUCAUGUUGGGUUGUCCCUCGGCACUCCGUUAGAUCCUCGUUAUGUGCUCCUGGAGGUUCAUUUUGAUAAUCCGACAUAUGUAGAAGGCUUAAUCGAUAAUUCUGGACUGAGGUUUUUUCACACAACAGACAUAAGGAAAUAUGAUGCCGGGGUGAUAGAGGCUGGCCUCUGGGUAAGCCUCUUCCACACCAUCCCGCCCGGCAUGCCUGAGUUCCAGUCUGAGGGUCACUGCACUCUGGAAUGCCUGGAAGAGGCUCUGGAAGCUGAGAAGCCCAGCGGUAUCCACGUGUUUGCUGUUCUGCUCCACGCUCACCUGGCUGGCAGAGGCAUCAGGCUCCGUCACUUCCGCAAAGGGGAAGAAAUGAAAUUACUUGCCUAUGAUGACAAUUUUGACUUCAAUUUCCAGGAGUUUCAGUACCUAAAGGAAGAACGAACCAUCUUACCAGGAGAUAAUCUAAUUACCGAAUGUCGGUACAACACAAAAGAUAGAGCCCGGAUGACUUGGGGAGGACUAAGCACCAGGAAUGAAAUGUGUCUCUCAUACCUUCUUUAUUACCCAAGAAUUAAUCUUGCUCGAUGUGCAAGUAUUCCAGACAUUAUGGAGCAGCUUCAGUUCAUUGGUGUUAAGGAGAUCUAUAGGCCAGUCACGACCUGGCCUUUCAUUAUCAAAAGCCCCAAGCAAUAUAAAAACCUUUCCUUCAUGGACGCAAUGAAUAAGUUUAAGUGGACUAAAAAGGAAGGUCUGUCCUUCAACAAGCUUGUCCUGGGCCUGCCGGUCAACGUGAGAUGCUCCAAGACCGACAACGCCGAGUGGUCGAUCCAAGGGAUGACGGCCUUGCCUCCAGACAUAGAAAGACCGUACAAAGCAGAGCCCUUGAUGUGCCCCUCUCCUGCCUCUUCUCUGCACAGAAGCCUCUCUCUCCAGCUCCUGGUGUGCGUCACAGUCCUGGGCAGCAUCCUGAGCAGCCUGCGCUCCUGGUCCUAG